CGAAUAGGCUUGAAGGCGCUUCUCCAAACUUCAAAGCACCUUCGUUCUUACCAUCUUCUCUCUUCGUCUUUUUUCCACUUUAUUCCCCACACACUACAAAUAUGUUCAGAUCAGCUCAAACCGCUUCAAAACCUUCCAAAUCCACCAUCAAAUUCCUCUGCAGUUACGGUGGCAGAAUCCUCCCUCGUUACCCUGACGGCAAGCUCCGCUACCUCGGAGGCCACACCCGCGUCCUCGCCGUCGACCGCUCUAUUACCUUCUCCGAGCUGCUGCUGAAGCUGGAAGAGCUCUGCGGUGCCUCCGUGAGGCACCUCCGCUGCCAAUUACCCUCCGAAGACCUCGACGCUCUUAUCUCCAUCACCUCCGACGAAGAUCUCGCCAAUCUCAUCGAGGAAUACGACCGCGUUUCAUCGCUCAAGAUCAGAGCCUUCCUCUCGCCGCCCACGCCGUCGAGAUCUCCGAACAACGCUUCCAUUCCUCCCUCGAAGUCGGCUUCAUUAUCUUCCUCCUCAGCCUCAUCGUCGUCGUCAUCUUCGUCGUAUUGCAGCCUUACCGGCAAAUCUGGUCGGAGUUACAGAACCUCGGCGACGGUGGUCGACCGUUGCGUCCAUCAGAUGUCGCCGGCUCCGGCGUACCGGACCGCAGUGGACAAAUCCAAACCAUCCGGGAGGAAUAUUCCUCUCCCGCGCUACGGUUACCACGGGAGCGGUGGCCAGGUUUACCUGAUCCACCACGGAAACCACUGGCAAUAACAUUAAGGUGUGGUUUGGAAAGAAUAUUGAAAUGGAUGGACUAAGAUAACGAAGCAGGUGCUAUUUUAAAAUGAAAAUGAUAAAAAAGGACUUUUACAAUGAUAUAGAAUAUAAUUAAACGAAGAUAAAAAAGAAGACGAAGGAGAAUGAAACGGGGAAAGGAAAGGAAAGAGUCCUGUAUAUGUGUGAUGUAAAGUUGGACUGUAAAAAUCGCUGGCAAGGGUUGCGGUUUUAGCUUGUGAUCCUUGAUUGCCCAUUAAUGAAUUUCACUCCAAUUUCGUGUUU